UGAUCGAUUUGUGCUCGAACAGUGCUGGAAGGGAUUUCGUUGUACCCUUUUGGGUAUAUAAGGAAAUUCGGAUUUUCAGAGCUGUUGUCUAUUUUCAAAAAUGGUCAGCGUUACUAUUAGUUUACUGGUUGCUACUUGCAUUGUAACGCUGAUCAACGUGAGCUCCACGGAGGCAAAGCCCUUUAACACGAAUAUCAAUACAAACUACAAUAGUAACUACAAUGCAAACUUAAAUGCAAAUUACCUGAUCAGUUCACUUUUAAACUACAUUUUGGACCUAUUGCAAAUUAUCCAUAAGAAUGGGCAACGUUCUGGAUCUGUUGAUAUUCCACCCUUUCCUCAGCUUCAUGACAUCACGGAACUGCGGCAAAUCCAAUCACCAGCUGCUGUAUCACAAUCACCUUCUUCCAACUCGAUGGAUGACAAUAAGGAACAAACUGCUGUUAUUAAGGGUGAUUUCAAUAUUCUGCACGAUUAUGUUCACGACAAUAUUAUAAAAAAUAGAAAACCUGGCAUAAUCGAUGAUGGUGGUUCAGCAGCCGAUGAGGAUAGAAAAGCCAUUGAAGCUGCCGUGGACGCUUUUAGGGGACCUGAUGUCCCUGCCCUUGUUUCACCAAUCCCUUUAGAUACAUGGGGUCUUCGUCUAACAGUACCAGAACCUCCGGAGCAACAAGCUACUAAAAUGAAACUCCUAAAAUCCAUUGCAGAAGCCCAAGUCCGUACAAGAUAGAAAAAUUAUACUUAUGCAUUUUCAAUGAUUUCGGCUUUGG